GGAAAUUUUGUCUCUUGCCACGACCUGUAUUUCAGUUGGCCGUCGUUAUUCGCCUCUCUACCUCUUUGGACUACUCUGCAUGUUUCAUCAACUGAUCAGGAAGCCAUGGAAUCGCUCGCAGUUGCACAGAUACUUCUCGUCUGUGACAGAGCCGUAUCAGGUGUGCGUCAUCGGAGCCAGCCCUGCUGGAUGUGAGGCAGCAGCAGCAUCUGCUAGGAUGGGAGCCAGGACACUAUUGCUAACAAGAAGUUUGGACGAUGUCGGUGAACUUUCCUGUAAUCCGUCCAUUGGCGGUGUUGGGGCGGGAACUCUAGUUCGCGAAGUCGACGCAAUGGAUGGACUGAUGGCCAAGGUUGCGGACGAGUCGGGAAGCAUGUUCCGAUUACUGAACGCGACCAAGGGAUCUGCUGUGUGGGGUCCAAGGGCACAAAUAGACCGUACGCUGUACAAAAGACAUAUGAAGAGAGGGCUCCGUCGGUACCUGGAACAUCUUCGUAUUCGUGUUGCCCGAGCUUCUGGUUUACUAAUUGAUGAGCCCAACGCUACACGUCCUUUGCCUCAUGUUUCGGGAGUGAGACUUGAUACUGGUGAAAUUAUCCACUGUUCAAAAGUCAUUCUUUGUAUGACAAAAGAGUACCGCAUAGGCACUACCUUUUCUAAUGGAGAGCAUGAUUUCGAAGGUCUGUGGAGCUCUCUUAGGGCCCUUGGGCUCCAAUUCCACCAAUUGCAUACUAUAACACAACCACGCCUUGAUGGAAAGACGAUCGACUUCACAAACCUGACACGCCAAGAUGGCGAUGUGAACCCAUCGCCAUUCAGCUUCCUCAAUUCCGCUGUAACAAAUAGCGUAGGAUUCCAAGCAUCUGUACCAUGGAUAAUCAAAUACCCCGCUAUAUGGACACGAACAACUUCUGCAACUAAUGAUAUCGUAAGAGAGAAUAUGCACCUCAGUACUCUUAUUGAGGAAGCCAGAGAACCAGAAGGUUAUGACACAGGUUGUUCUCAGUCAUGGUGUUACCUUCAGUCUGCUCAUGAUGAGACAGAUGUCAUAUAUGCUAAUGGGCUUGCCUGUACUCUUCCAGAGGAGGUGCAAGAACCCAUGUUGCGGACAAUCCCUGGACUCGAGAACGUAACAAUGAUAAGCCCCGCUUAUGGGAUUAAGUAUGAUUAUCUAGAUCCUCGAACAUUGACAGAUUUUGGCCUCUACUGUGCCGGAAAACCAACUGGCACACCUGGAUACGAAGAAGCCGCUGGACAGGGAAUCAUCGCAGGAACCAACGCAGCACGCUUAGCACUUGGACGUGGUCCAUUCCUUCUGAAAAGAGAUGAUAGUUUCAUUGGAAUGCUUACCCAUGAUCUCAUUACGAAGGGAGUCCCAGAACCUCGUAAGGUCGUCAUUACUUCCUGUCUUUCGUCUACAGAAAGGUCACAAACUUCAAGAAUGGACUAUGUAAUGAUUCUUCGACCAGACAACGCUCAUAUUCGUCUGACGGCAAAAGCUUAUGGCGCUGGUAUAGUUUCUCGAGGGCGAAUGGAAUCACACAGUCGCUUGCUGGAGAAUUAUAAUCGUACCAUAGGCAUUCUGAAACAUUGCAUACGUACCGCCCGGGUUUGGAUUACCUAUACACUCUGCCAGCUUGCUUUACGUGAAACUUCCAGUGCUUUCUACAUGCUGCGGUUACCUUCUGUCUCGAUUGCAAGCCUCAAACCAGAAUUUCCGUUCCUAAAGGAUGUGGAUCCAGGGCUAUUGGAAAUAAUAGAUAAUGACGGGAAAUACGCUCCUCAUUUGGAAGGGCAAAAAAUUGAUAUGACGGCCAUCGUCAAGGGACUCAAUCCCAAUUUGGGUUACAGUAAAUUUGACGCAGCAAAGUACGGUGACUUAGUGCGGCGAAAAGGACCAAAGACACGAUCUUCUCCCCUUCGAUGCUAGUCCCCGUGAUUAUCUGCGGUCGUUGGGCCAUUUCAACGUCUUCCACUUUAGGGACUGGGAAGACUUCAAGCCUAGCUGUGUCCGCAAGUCCUGAUGGAUGCGGCCUUCCUCUGAAUAUAACGGUGUACCUUCCAAACUGGAAAUUCCUCGGAUACGCUUGCCAACAAACACCUUCGUUGUCGCGCUUAGACAGUCCCUAUCUCUUUACUCGACUUAAAUAGUGCAUGCAAAUAUAUCUUCACUAUCUUUGCCUCUACGAAAAAU